CAACAGUCAUGGAAAGAUGAGUUUUUACAGUGGGAACCAGAAGAAUUUGAAAAUAUAAGCAUCAUCUCAAUUCCAAAAACAAACAUAUGGAUCCCAGAUGUCCAGGUUGUUGAAUUUUACGAAUCUACUAAAGAACUACACAACUCUUUCGUCUACAUUAGACACACAGGAUGUGUAAGCUACCAAACAGAAUUCAUAAUAUCAAUCGUUUGCAAUUUUAACAUCUACUUCUUCCCUUUUGAUGUUCACAUUUGUAACAUGAGUUUCCAAAGCCAGCUUCACACAAUUGAUCAUAUCAAUUUUACCUCAAUGAGAUCUGAGAAAGAGCUAAAUGAGGAUAUCAGCAAAUUUUUCAUUAAAGGAGAAUGGGAACUGCUCUAUAUAAAACCCAUUUACGCAGUGUGGGAACAACACCAGGAAAAAAGCGCUAUGAUAACAUUUCAGAUCACUUUUCGGAGACUCGCUCUCUACUAUGUGGUAAAUCUGUUACUACCCAGCAUAUUCCUCAUGGCUAUGGGUUUGACUGGAUGCUACAUACCUCCAAACAGUGGAGAGAGGAUAUCCUUUAUGAUUACUGUAUUUCUGGGCUAUUCUGUCUUCCUUAUUGUUGUGAAAGAAACAUUACCCCCAGCUGCACAUGGAACACCAAUAAUAGCUGUGUAUUUCGUGGUCUGCAUGGCUUUUCUUAUGCUCAUUUUGAUGGAAAGCAUUUUUGUAGUUCGACUUAAUAAUAAAAAGGAUUCUUUGGCACAAGUCCCCACCUGGUUGAAAAAUCUGAGCCUAGGAAAAAAUAAGGCUUUGCUUUACAUUAAGAAAAAAGCACAUUCUUCUAAACCAAAAAUAAAUGCUUCUGACAUAAUUCAGGUCAUGGAAAACAGCACAGGUGAGUUUUGCUCAUAUUUGCCCAGUUGUAUGGAUAAUGGAAGUAGCACCAAAAAUUCACGUGAAGGAAACAUACCAAAGAAAGAGCAUAACGAAAUGUUGGAAAGAAUUCUUAAAGAAAUCGUAAUAAUCCGGCAAAAUAUCAAGGACAAUGAUCAGGAGAUUACUUCAGAAUUUCUGCAAGUUGUAUUUGCUCUAGAUAAAUUGCUUUUCAGGAUAUAUCUGGUGAUUAUAUUGGUUUACACUCUAACUUUGGUGUUUCUUUGGUCAUAUAACAGUAGCACAUAG